GCCAUCCAAAUUCUGGCCAUCCAGAAAUCAGGAACCAAGUAGAUUCAGAUAGCAAGGGACACUUGAAUUCUCAUACUAAUCUUUGCUACGUGUAGUACAAUUUUUUUCUCUCUGUGUUGCUUACCUUUUUAUCUCAUUUAUAUAGUUUUAUGCAAGGAGUCCUGGUAGCGCAAUGGUUAAGCACUUGGGUUGACAGUUCAAACAAGCUCUUAGGUUUAAACCUGGAGAUUACAGCCUAGGAAAUCCUAUGGGGUAGCUCUACUCUGUCCUACUAUAGGGUCACUGCGAGUUGGAAUCAACUGGACAGCAUACAUCAGUAGCAACAACGUACAGUUUAUGUAAUAAAAACUUGUAAAUAUUUAUGUAGGAUAUCUAUUGAUGUUUUCCUCUGUAAAUUACUAGAUUUUACUUUGCUUAGGUUGGCUUUCCCAUCUAAAAUGUCUUUUAAUCUAUUUUAUUUUCUUCCAGUAUGUGUUUCUUUUUAGGCACUUUGGAAUUUUGUAGAUAUGUGAAAUUUAUUUUUAUGCAUAAUCAAUUUUGUCAACAUAUUUUAAUUGCUUACUCUAAGUACCACCUUUAUCAUACACCAAUUCUUACAGUCACGCAUUGCUUAACAUCCACAGUACAUUCUGUGAAAUAGGACGUUAUGUGAUUCGAACGUUGUGCAAACACCAUGUUAUGUACAGGCAGUCCCCGGGUUAUUAACGAGCUCUAUUCCUAAGUCUGUCUUUAAUUUGUUCAUAAGUCAGAAUAGUUAGGUACAGUUCAUAUCUAACAUCAGGUAGUUGUUACCGCAAUUUCGAGGGUCAGAGCUGCCUGCCACAAAUAGCCAGUUCCUGAGACAGGCGAGGUGAGUAGCAAGAGCUUUAUUGUAUAUUGAUAUACAGGAGACAGGGGAAUGAUCUCCUCCAAAGCCCGUCUCUCCCAACUGGAGACUGGCUGAAAGCUUUGCAGUGCAAAAUCAUGGGCUUCAGGAAUUUGUGGAAUGUCAUUCACACCUGGGGUAGUUCUGGUGAUCAUGGUCCCAAGGUGUAUUAUCUCAUCUGCCCAAGGGGUGACUGGCCCCCUUUGGGUGGUUUCUGUGGUCAUAGUCCCAAGGUAUUAUCUCAUCUGCCUGAGAGUGACUGGUCUGGGGUGUUUUCGGUGGUCAUAAGUCUUUUAUCAUAUCGUUUGUUUUCCACAGUCUGAAAAGGACAUUAGUCAUUAAUAAAAAUUUAACAAGGAAAAAAGGAACUGAUCAGUCAAGAAUAAGUUUAGACUGAACACUUUGAAGGCCAGUGUAGCAGGGUUGACAGGGGUUUGGGAACCAUGGUUUCAGGGGACAUCCAAGUCAGUUGGCAUAAUAAAAUCUAUUAACAGUCUGCAUACUACUUUGGAGACUCACGUCUGGGGUCUUAAACACUAGCAAGUGGCCCUCUAAGAUGCAUCAACUGGCCUCAGCCCACCUGGAGCAAAGGAGCUUGAAGAAUGCUAAAGACACAAGGUAAUUAUGAGCCCAGGAGACAGAAAGGGCCGCAUAAACCAGAGACUACAUCAGCCUGAGACCAGAAGAACUGGAUGGUGCCUCGCUACAACCGAUGACUGCCCUGACAGGGAACACAGCAGAGAACCCCUGAGGGAGCAGGAGAGCAGUGGGAUGCAGACCCCAAAUUCUCAUAAAAAGACCAGACUUAAUGGUCUGACUGAAACUAGAAGGACCCCAGAGGUUAUGGUCCCCAGACCUUCUUUUAGCCCAAGAUCAGGAACCAUUCCCAAAGCCAACUCUUCAGACAGGGAUUGGACUGAACUAUGGGAUAGAAAAUGAUACUGGUGAAGAGUGAGCUCCUUGGAUCAAGUAGACACUUGAGACUAUGUGGGCAGCUCCUGUCUGGAGGAGAGAUGAGAGGGCAGAGGGGGUCAGAAGCUGGCCGAAUGGACACAAAAAUAGAGAGUGGAGGGAAGGAGUGUGCUGUCUCAUUAGGGGGAGAGCCACUAGGAGUAUAUAGCAAGGUGUAUAUAAAUUUUUGUAUGAGAGACUGACUUGAUUUGUAAACUUGCACUUAAAGCACAAAAAAAAAAAAAAGUUUAGAAGAGAGAACAACGGCAUAGGUCUUGUUCAUGUCAUGGCCAAGCAGCCUGUUCCAUAGUCAAAUUUUUUUCUAGUAUACACUAUAUAGUAUACUUCUCAGUGCAUAAAAAACAGUAAACACUUCCAGAUAACACUAAAACACCUUUAACAUAAUACUAUAAUAAUAAUAAUGAUGCUUUGAUGCAUGUCACAAAACAGUACCUGUUUGUUUUUAUGAACCACUGUAUGUACCUUAAGUUUUUAAAAUAAUAGGCUUUACGAAGGCUGAGGUCACAGGUGUAUAUGCAGUCAGAUGUUGCCCAAGGGGACAUUAUGCGACACAUGACUGUAUGUGCAAGGCUGUGUUCCAGAAUUUCUGUUCUGUUCCAUUGAUCUGUUCCUGCAGCAAUACCAUACUGUACCAACAGUACCAUACAGUAUUUUUUAGUGAGUGUAUUGAUGCCUGGAUGGGACAGUCCUGUGUUCUUUUUCAAAUAUUUUGUGUUUAUUAUUGUUUAAAUUUUCUUUCAGGUAAACUUUAGAAAAAAAGCUACCUGACCGUUUAUGCUUCCUGCAGUUACGUAUGAGAAUGUCCAUUUUUCCAGGCCUGGGAAGUUUGAACCCUGGAGGAACUGGCUAGGGGUCUGGAGCCAAGUACUGGAUGAACGAAUACACCUCAUCCAUUGGAAUUGGAGUUUUUCAUUCAGGAAUUGAAGUAUAUGGAAGAGAAUUUGCUUAUGGUGGCCAUCCUUACCCUUUUUCUGGAAUAUUUGAAAUUUCCCCAGGAAAUGCUUCUGAACUAGGAGAAACAUUUAAAUUUAAAGAAGCUGUUGUUUUAGGGAGCACGGACUUCCUAGAAGAUGACAUAGAAAAAAUUGUAGAAGAACUGGGAAAAGAAUACAAAGGCAAUGCAUAUCAUUUGAUGCAUAAAAACUGCAAUCACUUUUCUUCAGCUUUAUCAGAGAUUCUUUGUGGGAAAGAGAUUCCUCGCUGGAUCAAUCGUCUCGCCUACUUCAGCUCCUGUAUACCCUUUCUACAGAGUUGCCUCCCAAAGGAGUGGCUCACUCCUGCCGCCCUCCAGUCCAGCGUCAGCCAGGAGCUCCAGGAUGAGCUGGAGGAAGCAGAAGAUGCAGCCGCCUCAGCAGCCAUGGCUAGCACUGCAGCAGGCUCCAGACCUGGACGCCACACUAAACUAUAAGGUUCUCCAAAGUCACGCAUUCAGAACUGCCUCGGGCAGUUGGGUAUCAUUAGAGGAAAGCAAAAAGAGUAAAGCAUCUUUUGGAUAUUUUGUAUGCAAAGAUGGUUCUCCCCUAAAUCCCAGUUUUUCAGCUCAGGAUUAUAUUUGUAAUCAAAAAAAAAAAAUCACUUGGCAUAAGAGGGAGGACUUUGUAUAAGCUACCCUCGGUUUUUUUUACCCACUUGUAAAUUUGGAUUUACUUCUUCCGUUUUAUACAAGCUCUGUUAAGUUAUGUUUACAGUAUUUUGUAUUGCUGUUUACAAAUCUUGCAUGGACUCCUGCCACCGUGAAAGAAGAAAAGUCUUCAUGUCUUCAAAAUCAGGCGGGUAAUCUUUGUAGACGCCUGACAAUUGCCAGAGCUCUGGCAUAAACAGUAGGCACACAAAAUGGUACUUUACACUGUUAAAGUCACCAUCACCUGCAUAAGAAUUGUCUUUUGGAUUUUUAUCUGUUUUUGUUCUUAAAGAUAAUGGCACCAGGAUGCAGGGAGCCGCACUGACCGAGGUGAAGGAGCACACGUCGCCCUAAGGACUUGGGGCCUUGGUCUGCACGAGGGUGGCCUGCCCACAGGUCCAGUUCCUCUUUGCCUUCCCUCCCACAAGCACAUCUACUGGGGUUCCCAUCCAGCAGCCUGUUUCUUCCCACAGGUCCGUCCACCCAGGCAGCAUGGGACAUUCUUUGUCUGGUUUUGACUCUGAUUCUGGAAUUAAGACUUUUUUUAAAGGAUAUCCUUGCUAAUCACUGACGACUGUUUUUGCACAUUUGGGGUGGGGGGGUUGUGAGAGGGGGCUCAUUUUUAUUUUAAUACAUACUGAUUUUCUCCCUGCCCAGGAUUUUGUUGACAGGGUAGGAAUAUGCGAAGUGGUAGCCUUCUGCGUAGCAGCGUGAGUUGACAUUCAACUGCUUUUAACUAUUCAGGCUGCAUUUUAUACUAGGUCUUGAAAACCAGAGUCUAAAGUAACACUCUCCAAAAAGCUAACUCUUUAAUUUUUCAAACUUUUAAUGUACUAUAUCAGAAAGAGUAUAUCAGAGUUUGUUUAUUAUGGGAGUAGUUUCACCUCAUACAUAGAAUGCCUAGUCCCAUUGACCUCUUGUUGAAAAAUCAUGUUUGGAUGUCUUAAAAUUCGUCUUUUUAUGUUCUCUCACAUAUCUGUCUCUUACAUUACAUACACUCAGAAUGAAGUUCUCACCACAGAUGAGUGCUUAUUGUCAAGGAAUAUGUCUCCUCAAGUCUACUCCCAAUUUGAUCCUUGGAUGUAAGAAUCAAGUCAUUAUGUGUAAAAUUAGAUUCUUCUGCCUUAAGAAUGAAUGUCCUAUGUAAAAUAUUGGAUGCAGUGUAUAAAUUACCCAAGGCAGUGACUUCAGCGUUACAUAUAUUGUCAGUUUUAAAAUCAUCUGCAUUUAUUUAAACUCCUGUAUCGGAUUGUUUGAUCUGUGUGAAGAUACGUAUCUUUCAGCAAACUACAUUUUUAACUUUUCCAUAAGGUAAUUUUCAUUCAUUUAUCUACUUAAGCACACCCUGUUCAUGGGGAAAAUAAACCUUGGGUUAUAAUCAUUGACCUGAGGAAUGUGAAGCCACUUAACCUAAUUUAUGCUUUUGACUGUUCUGUUUCCACAGAGGAAAGCCUUUUCAAAUUUCUCUGAGUUAUUUAGGGGGCAGAGCAUUUGUUUUAAGAGAUGUGACAGAAGAAAAGAGUAUACGAUCUUUAUGAAAAAUGGACUAGGUUCAGGCCUGACAGUGAGAUUUGGAAUGAAACACAAAAGGCUAUGGCAGUGAGUUUGUUCAGUAAGUCAUAUCACCAAAACCCAGGUUAUUGAAAAGUAUUUGGUGCAGUUUGCUUGGGAUUUAUAUAUAUAUAUAUAACGUGGUUGAUUAUAGUUUUUUCUAAUUCAUUCAAAUAUACACAAUUUAAAUCUGGGCUACUGACAAAUACAAAGGCAUAGCCGUUAGUUAGACACCUCUUGGUGAAAAGCCAGGAGCAUUCCAUCUGUGCUUAUCCAGAAUCCAGCAACACAGCACACAAAUGAGGUUAUUGUUAUAAUGUAUUUACUUUCAUCUGCAUCAUUGGAGUUUAAAAAUCGUGUAAAGGGUCCUAGUAGAAAUAGCGGCCUAAGACCAAUUAUCAUAGCAGCGAUUAGUAGAUGAAGUUCUAGACAUGAGGUUCCUUGCAAUCUAAUUGUACCUGAGGUUGGGAAAUAAGUGUUUUUACUUUAGAAAGUCUUGUUCAGAUCAGGUCCUCUUCUGCAGUUCACAAGGAAGAAUGGAUUUAAUUAACUAACAUUUAACCAGCUUUUCUUUGUCUUUGGAAGGAAAGAAUCUUGUUCUCCACCUAAUCAGUGUUAAGAAAAAUCCUGUAUCAAAAACUCGAUCAUUAGGAUGAGUGUGGCGUGAUGGAGUCAGGUGUCCUCUUUGUAGUUGUAACAAAUGAAACAUUUCUUACGCUGGGUUGAACAGUUAUAUAAUGUUAAAGUGUCAGAAACUGCUGGUUUCCCUUGUUUGUUUUAAAUACCCCCCUUUUUUUGUGUAAACACUAAGAAGGUGGCAUCCACUUUGGAUUGUAGAGGUGGUGGUACUAUAGUAAAGAGAGCCUCCACUCGAUGCUAAAAUCCAGCCAGCUAUUGCUCUGACCCAUAGCAAUAGUGCGAAUUACCUUUCACCAGCAUUUGUACCGAGCAGGGAGUUCUGGUUUUAGUUCAUUGAUACAUCAGUGUAGGAGGAGAUUCAACACUACAGACAGCUACAGGACUCUAAAUCCAUAGCUUCGUCCAUCACAAAACGGGUAGAAACACAUUCACUGCUUCAGGGUUCUAAUCUGUGUAUCUUCUGUGGUUCCUUUCCUGUAAGAUACUCUGUAAUUCUGAUACAUGCUGUAUUUUCUUUAAAUCAUGUUUAAAAGACUUGUUUUGUUGAGCAAGACAACCAUACUGCCAUUGUGUGUCCUUGUCUUCAGUAUGGUUUUACAGUGCAGCUGAGUUAUUAGACUUCCAUUGUCUACCCAAUCAAUACACAUACAUCUUCACUGUUUGAAAGGUGUUACAACUCUUAAAGAAUCUUCGUGAACCUGAAGAUAAUUUCUUGUGAAGUUGAAUGCAAGUGUGCUGUCAUUCAUAGUGUUUAUAUAAGAGACCAGGAACCUUCAUUUUUGCUACCUUGAUAUAGCAUUGGGCUAUCAUGUUACAGCAUUGAAAUACAUCAGUUUAUUAAAAAUAAUACUUUUAUAAGAAAUGUUUUACAGUAUUUUCUGAUCUCCAGGAGACUGCAACUAUUGUGUAUUUGUGUUGGGGGAUGGGGGCUUAUUUUUUUAAACCCAAGAAUCUCAUCUGCUCCACAGGGACGUGGCCAGCCCCUCUCCUUCACGCAUUCAUCUUGUAUUCAACAAGAUGGGCCAACACCUUAUGCCUUAGAUCUGCCAAAGACAGCAUAGCCAUACCCCUUCACAGGUUGCAGGGACCAGCAUUGGGUACUGGGGAGUGGAGGAAAGGCUGAGAGGAGGAAAUGCUCUCUUCCACUGGGAGUGCAGUACGGGGGAGAGCCCUGAAGGGGAAUGGGUGCUCUCCCAAUUUGAAGCAGCAAAGGAGGAGCGUGGGUGCCUGGGCUCUUUGUUUCCCAUGAGCCUGUUCUGCUUCAGCUUAACACCUCCAACCUGACCUUCCCCUUUCUCUUCCACUGGCCUCUUUGUACUUAACCAAGUAACAUUUCUCUUCACUAAUUGGAUAAAUUCUCUUGACUUAAGUAUUAAAUGAGUGAAUGAAGUCCCUCGUGGCCUGUCAGUGGCUGUCCACUCUGCUUUGUUUCUUACCUUGAGGAACAGGAAUCGUGAUAGACUAUAAUAAGGUGGUUAAAAAACCACACCUGGUCGAGCGUCUUCAGAGUCUUGCCUGCAGAAAGGAUGCCAAGGAUACUAAAGGACACUUUUUUAAUGUUAUUGUUUUGUUUUGUUUCAUGUUGUUUAUCUUACUGCUGUAUUAUUAUCUGCUCCUGAAGUUCUUAGCAUCCACAUAUUGGCCUUGUUCUAACUUUGCAGAAGUUUGUGCUAGUAAAGAUUAAUACCUUCAUGCUGUACUUUCCAGAAGUAAAUUAACGGCAGACAACUACUUAUUCCUGUGGAUUCUAACCCAGAAACCUGUCCCUGUAGUCUCUCCUUCAAAAAGAAAAUCCAGGGGAUCAUACCUUGACCCUGCACUGGGUUGUGUGAGUACAUUUUUCCAGUCAAGGCCAAAGGGAAAGCCAAAGACAUUUAAGAAGAGCCUCCUCUCCACUUGAUCAGGGAGGCAUUGGCACCCACCUGUGCUUCGCAGCCCUGCCCUGGAUCUGGGAGGUCUUCCCGUGGUCCCAGUGGAGAAUGUCCUGCUCUCAUGCUGCUGAGGGAAUGGAGCCAAGCCAUCUUUGAACUUCUGCCUGACACCAGAUCCCUCACUCAAGAUCAGCUGCCUGGAACUGCCAAGCGCUGCAGCCAUUCAGAGGGCCUCCUAGGAAGCCACUGCCUGCCAGACUGUCUCUUUCACACCCCAGACUCCCAGGUGAUCUGUGGAAUUUAGCUUCCGAAGCCCUAGCCAUACAGAGGGAGCCACAUGCCUCAGCAGCCUGUCCUCAUAGCCUUGUAAGCAAGGGACUCAUGACUAUAGCUACCAAAGUUGCUCAGCCAGAUUCCUCUCAGAUACAAAUAAUGUUUAUUCCUCUUAUUUCAGGAAGUGGCAACAAUUCCUAAAGUUCAAAUGGAAAGAGUUGGUAAUAAUGAUAUUCACCUAAGUGUCCACUUUACAUAGGAAAACAAGAAAUAUUCUAUUGGAAAUUCUUAACCAAAUCAAUCAUUCUCUGAACUACUUUUAUGAUGUUAGAGUGUUACCAUUCCCACUGGAGUCAGGCACAGUUCUCAUCUCUUUGACUCCUUUAGUUAAUUAUGAAAAAAUACUUUUAAGGCCAGAUUCUGGAAUUUCAUUAUAUGGCAUUAUAAUGUGAAGCUCCAUUUGAUUAGCAGAUGGAGAAAGGGCUGAACAGGAUUUUAUUUAAUAAAAGUGUAAUGUUUUUCUACAUUAAUAAAGUGGAGCAUUCACA